AAGAACUAGAUAUUUCUUAGCGCUUGGCUGUUGCGCUGUCAGUCUUCUAUCCAUCGAAGUAAUUAAAAUUUGUUUUUGAUGCAUUAACAUUUAUAUCAAAAAAGUGUUUCAAAUUUUUUUUGACACUCAGAAACAUAGCACCUUACAAAUUUUAAAAUAAAUCAGUAUAGAAUGCUUACUCAGAGAGAGAGUUUGUAUAGAAAGCAUCUAUAUACUUUUAACCCUUAUUGAGCAUGCCAAAAGUGCGUAUUCAGUGGUCUUCUAAUGUCCAACCUGUUUUGGGUGAAGGUGGCAUGCCUAGUGAAUGGUCAAAGAAUGGAAGCCUCAUAAAUAAACCACCCAGAGGUUGGCUACAUCCCGAUUCUCAAGUUACUUAUGGCGGAGUCAAAUAUGGUAUUCGAUAUAUUGGGUGUCUAGAAGUCAACACUUCUAUGAAAAGUUUAGAUUUUGAUUUCAGGUCACAAGUUGCAAAAGAAUGUAUCAAUAAAGUAUGUGAAACAGCAGGGUUGAAAACAAUUGAUAAGAAACGAAAGGUUGAUAAACGUAUAACCCGUAUGUUAGCAGAAAAGCCUAACAUGGAUUAUGCAGGUUCUAAUGUUAAUUUAGUAAUCACAAGUUCAUACAUGACCUUGACAGUUAUGGAGUCUGGAGAGGUUAUUGCCAAUCAUGAAAUGCCAAAUGUAUCAUUUGCAUCUGGAGGAGAUGCAGACACUUUAGAUUUUAUUGCAUAUGUAGCAAAAGAUGGACGCUUUGGUCGAGCAUGUUUUGUCCUUGAAUGUGGGGGUGGUCUGGCUCAGGAUGUUAUAACUACUAUUGGUCAAGCAUUUGAAUUACGUUUUAAAGAAUAUCUUAAAAAAACUCCAAGAGCCAUAACAGUUCCUGACAGAUUAGAAAAUCCAGUAUUCAAUGGUAAUGAUUGUGCCUGGGGUGAAGAUUCUGAAUACUAUAAUGACUUGCCUGGGAAAACUCCCCCGGAAGUGCAGCCCCCACUUCCACCUUUACCUGAUUAUCAGCAAAAUGGAGUUGAACAUUCUGCUAUGGAUAUUUCUAGUGUGCCAGAAGCUUCUUCAAAAAAUCAAAAACCUUCAGUAGAACCAGAAUAUGUAAAUAGUAUUAUAUCAUCAAGAGAACAAAGUUGCUCUGCAGAUUCCUUUGAUAUGCAGCCCAUUGAAACUGCCUUACAUUCUGAUCAAAAACAGCCUCCACCACCACCUAGACAUCGAAUUUCAGAACCUGCUCCAAAUCCUCCCCCACAUGCUGCAUGUGUUUCCCCUUCACCUUUUGUUACAUCAGUUAAGCAUAAAUGGCCUGCUGGACUUGCCAACCAUAGAGUUGUGCUGCUACAAGAGGAAUGGUUCCAUGGACCUAUCAGCAGAAAAGAAAGUGAAGCACUAGUUGUUAGAGAUGGUGAUUUUCUUGUGCGAGAGUCACAAGGAUCUCCUGGUCAGUAUGUUCUGACUGGAAUGCAGAAUGGUAUAAGGAAACAUUUGUUGCUUGUUGAUCCAGAAGGAGUGGUUCGAACAAAAGAUCGGACUUUUGAAAGUGUUACUCAUCUUGUGAGCUUUCAUUGUGAUAAUGGUUUGCCUAUUAUAUCAGCAGAAAGUACUUUGGUGUUGAGAAAUCCUAUUCCAAGAACUAUGUUGCCAUCUCGCUGAGACAUGUCUCAAAAGCUUUUAGCAUGUUACAAGACAAAAGUGAUAUUAAUCCAGCAUAAGCUAAUAAGUGAUAAUGUUUUGAAAUAAGAAUCUCUUGUUAAUGAAUUUACAGAUGCUUUUUCAAGAAGAAUUUGACCAAUGCAUUUCACUCAUCUCUGAUGUUGGCACAUGUUUAAAGCAGCAACAUUUCAUUCAUAAACAUUGUUGUAAACAAGUGAUACAAUUUUUUAACAUCACUAGCUUGUUUAAAUAUGACUUUUGUAUUUUGGACUGUUGAUUUAAAAGUUUACUUCUGCACAUUUUAGAUUCAGAAUGUGUCUUGAAAUAGAUAAUUUUUGCCUUGGCCAAUUAUUUUUUACACUU